AUGUUCGGUCAGACAUCAAAGCCCCUCACCUUUGGCUUCGGCGCGAGCACUAACACGCAAACAAGCGCGACACCGUCGUUCGGUGGAUGGUCGAGUACCACCACUAGUAACACUGCUUUUGCUUUAGGCAGUACUUCAAAGCCAGGAGGAUUGUUUGGUGCGAGUACUACUGGGGUAGGGUUAGGUGGCCUUGGAACAUUUGGAGGACAAUCACAAGGAUCGUUAUCUACUGGAUUUUCUUUGGGAGGAAACAAGCCGCCGCAAUUGUCAACGGGAUUGGGAGGACUAGGUGGAGGGUUGAGUGGGAAUUUUGGUGGCCAAUCAGGAUUUUCGUCUGGUUUGUAUUCAGCGUCUCAUGCGCCGACUGGAUCUGGAUUUACCUUAGGCGGAAACCUGGGAGGCACAACUGCUACACAGCAGGUUACUGGACUUGAAUCCAUUACGCGAGCAACAAAAUUCAUAGACUUGCCCGAAGAUGUAAAAAAGCAUUUCUUGACUGUUGAGUAUGAUAGAAAUUAUAUAGAACAACAGAAAAAAGUGUCAGGAACAAUAAAAACAACUCUGCUGCCAGACGCAAAAGCUAGACAUGAGGAAAUAGCAAAGCAAGUCCAUCAAGUAACAACAAAAGUAAUAAGGCUGAGAAACCAUUUAGAGACGGAUGAACGAGUUGUAAAGGAUCUUUUGCAGAACUUUGAAAGACAACGAGUAUAUAUGGAUCAUGCAGUUAGAGUGAGCGAGUCCAUGGAGAAGGAUGAUAGAUACCAUCAAGUCUCUGGACAUGGAGCACUCAAAUAUUUCCAAGAUCUCAUCAUAUCUCUAAAGGAAAGGCUUGAUCAGUACAAUGAAUAUAUACAAGAACUUGAACGACACAUGUCUGCAGUUACCCAAGCAACAAACGAACAAGCGCUUAAAAAUGCUAUUUCAGAUACGUUGCGUUUCCAACACGACAGCUUUAUGGUUGUAACGGGGAAAAUAGCAUCUCUCCAUGAAGCUGUCGAUCAGCUACGUAAAGAUUACUUGGAAUAUCGGCGAAUUCGAUUUGGAGAUACGCAUAAUCCAUUUAUAGACAAAUCAUGGAACAGAGGUAAUUGA